AUGGUUGCCGCCGCCAAGCACACCCCGAUCGUGAAGAAGCGCACGAAGAGCUUCAUGCGCCACCAGAGCGACAGGUUCAAGCGCGUCGACCCUAGCUGGAGGAAGCCCAAGGGAAUCGACAACCGUGUCCGCCGUCGGUUCCGUGGCAACCUUGCCAUGCCCUCGAUUGGCUAUGGCUCCAACAAGAGAACCCGCCACAUGAUGCCCUCGGGCCACAAGGCUUUCCUCGUCCAGAACGUCAACGACGUCGAGCUCCUUCUCAUGCACAACCAGGUCUUCGCCGCUGAGAUCGCACACAACGUCUCAUCGAGGAAGCGCAUUGAGAUCAUCGCACGGGCGAAGCAGCUGGGUGUCAAGGUCACCAACCCCAAGGCCAAGGUUACCACCGAGGUAUAA